AAGAAAACAACUUGAAAAAGAAUAACUAAGCGCAGACGGGAAAAAGGGUGCGAGCAGAGCAGAAAGAUAAAUUGAUGGGGUCUUCUCCAAUCUCCCCUAUUCGCCUCUCUCUUUUCCGUUUCUCCGCCAUAGUUUCUCUCCUUCCUUCCUCCCUUCCCAAACAAACCGGCUGUUCGCCAGUUUUACAGAGCAGAGCAGAAAGAAGAAGCGAAAAGCUGGACAGAUUCAAUGAACCGUCGCCUCCCUUCAUUUUCACUCUCUAGCUGGUUUCCCUCAACACCGCUGCUCCGUUCGUAGCUACUGCGAUCUCAGCCCGCGACGAAAUCCCCAGCUCCGUCUCGCCCUUCCCUUCCUCAUGGAUACGCCUACGCCGCCGACGGAAGAGCUUCUCCGGAAGAUUCAGGAGCUGGAAGCCGGUCAAGCUGAGCUCCAACAGGAGAUGACGAAGCUUAAGCUCUCUUCCGAUCCAAAAUCUGAGAAUCUUAUCCUUCACCAGCAACAGCAGCAGCACCAUCACCACCACCAUCUUCACCACCAUCCUCGCUCCCAGUCAAUCUCGCCUCAGCGUCCUGGGACUAGAAGGAGCUUCGACAGGGCUGCGUCUAUGAAGAAGACCUCGCCGCCGUUUAGGCAUUCGUCUCCCUUGCAGAGAGAGUCUCGCCGUCCGAAAAGCGGUCCCAAUAGGAUUAAUGUUGGCGAAGAUGUCGGCGGCGGUGGAGAGAGUGCCGGUCCGUCGGCUAUUAAGUUUACUGAUAAGCAGUACUUGAACAUAUUGCAGUCCAUGGGGCAGUCCAUUCAUAUUUUCGAACCUGACGGCCGUCUUAUCUACUGGAAUCGAAGGGCUGAGAAACUGUUUGGCUGGACUGCGGCAGAAGCUCUAGGUCAGUACAACAUUGACCUGCUUGUAGAUCCUAGGGACGCCAUGCUUGCGCAGACCAUUAUUGAUCGCAACGGUGUGGGAGAGAGCUGGACUGGACAGUUCCCUGUGAGAAACAAGAUGGGUGAUAGGUUUACAAUUGUGGCCACCAAUACCCCUUUCUACGACGACAACGGCGAUUUGAUUGGAAUUAUAUGUGUAUCAAAUGAUUCACGGCCAUUCCAAGAAGUGAUCGUCGAUUUAUCUGGUCCGAAGAGUUCAGAAGCAGACUCAAGUUCUACCCGUGCUUGUGUUAGAAGCAGCACCAGUGUCUCUGCUAAGCUUGGGCUCGAUUCCCAGCAGCCUCUGCAAGCAGCAAUUGCGUCUAAGAUAUCAAACUUGGCUACCAAAGUGAGCAACAAGGUGAAGUCGAAGAUUCGAACUGGAGAGAACAAUGUCGAUCAUCGUGAAGGUGUUAGUGGAGAUAGCCAUCAUUCUGAUCAUGGUCAUGGCUUCCAGGAAGUAGUAGCAGACCAUAGGGAUGAUGCAAACUCUAGUGGUGCUAGUACCCCCAGAGCCAGUACACCGAGGGGAGAUUUUCAUCCAUCUCCUUUUGUUGUUUCACAUUAUGGCGAUGAGAGUGAUGGGAAACCUCCAAUCCACAAGAUUAUCACUUCGAAGGCAGAAGCUUGGAUGGGUAAAAAAGGAAUAUCGUGGCCAUGGAAAGGGAACGAAAGGGAAGUUUCAGAGUCAAGACCCACCAAAUUUGUUUGGCCUUGGUUGCAGAAUGAUCAGGAGGGUGAAAAGAGUCCCUCUUAUGGUGGUACCAAAACUGAGAGUUACUUUAAUGAAGGUACUAAUCGCCAUGGCAUUAGUGAGGCAUCUGGGUCAUGGUCAUCCUCUGCAAAUGUUAACAGCACGGGCAGUGUCAGCAGUUGUGGUAGCACAAGCAGUACUGUUAAUAGGUUAGAUAUGGAAAGUGACUGCUUAGAUUCUGAAAUACUGUGGGAAGAUUUGACCAUCGGGGAACAAAUUGGACAAGGAUCUUGUGGGACUGUCUAUCAUGCCCUGUGGUAUGGAUCAGACGUUGCAGUCAAGGUAUUCUCCAAGCAAGAGUAUUCAGACGAUGUGAUACUUUCAUUUAGACAAGAGGUAUCCCUUAUGAAAAGACUUCGCCAUCCCAAUGUGCUGCUCUUUAUGGGCGCCGUGACCUCACCUCAGCGUCUCUGUAUCGUUACAGAGUUCCUUCCUCGUGGAAGUUUGUUUCGUUUGAUCCAAAAGAACACAGCCAAACUAGAGUGGAGACGGAGAGUACACAUGGCUUUGGAUAUUGCAAGGGGUAUGAAUUAUCUUCAUCAUUUCAACCCACCUAUAGUUCAUCGUGACUUGAAGUCUUCUAAUCUUCUGGUUGAUAAGAAUUGGACGGUAAAGGUUGGUGAUUUUGGGCUAUCUCGUCUAAAGCAUGACACAUUUCUGACAACCAAGUCCGGGAAAGGCACACCUCAAUGGAUGGCGCCAGAAGUUCUCCGCAACGAACCCUCCGAUGAGAAGUCUGACAUCUACAGCUUUGGAGUGGUACUGUGGGAACUUGCGACCGAGAAGAUUCCUUGGGAUAAUCUCAACUCAAUGCAGGUAAUUGGUGCCGUGGGAUUCAUGAACCAACGGUUAGAAAUACCAAAAGACCUAGAUCCCCGUUGGGCCUCUAUAAUUGAGAGCUGCUGGCUCAGUGAUCCAGCCAGCCGCCCGUCGUUCCAAGAACUCCUGGAAAAGCUGAGGGGCCUUCAGAGGCAGUACACCAUUCAGCUCCAGGCGGCCCGUUCUUCCGCAGCAGCUGGAGAGCAUCACACCACCAUCCUCCACAAGGAAAGAUAGCCACGCCAAGCCAACUGCGUGGCGCGAUGAGAACAAACUAUGUAGCAUCUGCGUCGAGAAUUUAAGAACCUCCACAAGUCCCGCUGAAACCUUUUCGGCGUCAUAUUUAAGAAGAAAAGAUCCAUUCCCCACACCGCCCCCGAUUUUGAUUGCCGGGAAGGAAUCCAUGUGGAUUUGUAGUGCCACGCAGUGACAGAACAAUCUACAGAGUCAAAUGUUGCUGACGGGGGGGCAGAAAGGCACAAAAUAGGAGGGUUUUUUCUUAUGGCAGCAGCCAUGUGAAGAGAUUUUCGGGAAAGGUCUUUUUGAGGUUUGUUUUUUUCAUGGUGGGCACUGGGCUGGCUGAGUUGGGACUUCGGAGUCGUUGGUGCGCGCGUUUUUUGUACAUGUUUCUGGGACGCGCCAAUAUUGAAGAUCGAGAGGGAGGGCGGUGCUGUCAUUUGCUGUCAUUUUAGUUUGGGGGGAAGGAUUCAUUCCCAAAUUUAUUAGUUCAUUGUAUCCACUGUAGGAAUUCGUUGUGCAGAUUCAAAAGAUUAUAUAAAAGGAAAAAAGGCGGACGAAGUCAGUGAAUUUAGAUUAAUGGUGUCUUCUGCGG